AUGAGUGUAAUAUUCAAAAAGAUCCAAGCGAUCCAAGACUCGCUUUCCGACGACGUGCUCUUGCCCCUCAAGAGCUACAAGUACUCGAGUGUCGAUAAAUCCUAUAUCUCCAAUUAUAUACUGAGGCAUUACUGGAAUGCAUUCGUCGAAAUCUUGCCGCUUUGGCUGGCCCCCAACAUGGUCACUCUCUUGGGAUUUCUGUUCAUUGUGGGCAACGUGAUGCUCAUAGAAGUCUAUAUGCCUGAUCUCGUGGGACCUGCUCCUUCCUGGCUAUACUAUAGUUUUGCUCUGGGCAUGUGGAUGUAUUCUACGCUGGACAACGUCGAUGGAAAACAGGCGCGCAGAACGGGGACAUCCAGCGGUUUGGGAGAGCUGUUCGACCACGGAAUCGAUUCUCUGAACUGCACUCUGGCUAGUCUUCUCGAGACUGCUGCCAUGGGCUAUGGCUCUUCACAGCUUGGUGCUUACACUGCUCUCGUCCCUUGCCUCGCAAUGUACUUUUCGACCUGGGAAACCUACCAUACCCAUACACUCUACCUUGGCUACUUCAAUGGCCCCACUGAAGGCCUUCUUAUCGCGAUCGCCAUUAUGAUUGCCUCUGGCAUCUAUGGCCCUCAGAUCUGGAGCCGACCGAUCGUUGAAUUCCUGAACUACCCGCAAAUCUUUGGGAACAACUCGAUGAAGGAUCUCUGGGUCCCCAUUCUCCUCCUCUCCUUCUUCCUCGGACACCUGCCAGGCUGCGUCCUCAAUGUUAUUGCUGCUCGUAGAAAGCAGAACCUUCCGGUCGCGCCCAUCUUCAAGGAAUGGGUGCCGAUGAUUGUAUUCACGGGCUGCAACAUUGCUUGGCUUUUCUCUCCGUAUUCGACGCUUUUGUCGGAGAACCGACUAGUCCUCUACUGCUGGACCAUCUCGUUUGUCUUUGGACGCAUGACGACCAAGAUCAUUCUCGCUCAUCUGUUACGGCAGCCAUUCCCCCAUUGGACGGUGCUGCAGAUUCCGCUCAUUGGCGGCGCAAUCCUAGCCAACCUUCCCCGCCUGGGAUUCCCUAUGGUGAGCGCCUGGGUGGAGCUACUGUACCUGCGCCUCUACCUUGUGUUUGCCUUUGUUGUGUACAUGCACUGGGCCUUCCUUGUGAUUAACAGGAUCACCACUUUCCUCGGAAUCAACUGUCUGACGAUCCGUCGCGACAAGUCGGCAGCAAGAGACAGGGCUUAUCGUGAGUUUGGCGAGAACCAGCCCCUCAACCCAAACUCCGAUCCCAGCAAAGGGGGUAUCAAGAGCCAUUGA